AUGGCGUCAACGCUGGCAGAGACCACCACCACAAUGGCUAGUACAACGACAGAAAGUGCUAGCACAUCGUCUUCCGCCGCGUCUACAGCACAAGGUGCCACAAGCACAAUCGUUGCCACGACGGAAGGUCAUUCCACUGUAGUUGAAACUACCGGACAAUCUUUGACUGGCACUACGUAUGGAGUCAAGUCGACCACAAGCAGUCCAAGUACACCAGAAAGUGCUAGCACAUCGUCUUCCGCAACGUCUACAUCACAAGUUGCCACAAGCACAACCUAUGCCACGACGGAAGGUCAUUCCACUAUAGUUGAAACUACAGGGCAAUCUUUGACUGGCACUACGUAUGGAGUCAAGUCGACCACAAGCAGUCCAAGUACACCGGUAAUAUCGAGUACAGCUUCAGAGUCUACAACGACAGAUCAAGGUAGCACCUUGCAAAGAACCACAUUUCGUACAGUGCCGGCAACAACAGAUCGAAGCACUGUAACAUCAACUCUUGAGGACACCACAGUGAUUAGUACAACUGCAGAACAGACAAGCACACCGGAAUCGUCCUCCCUCUUGACUUCGACAAGUGUUGGGGUCAGCUCGACAAUUGCUACAAGCCCAAUUGUCAGCACAUCUGAAGGGCAUUCAACUAGUGGGCUGUCUACAGCUCAUUCUACAUCUUUCACAACUGUUGGGAUAAGCUCGACAAGCAGCAGCCCAAGAAGAACAGUCCAAUCGACAACACUUUCGGCAACGUCAACACAUCCGGAAUCUACACCAGUAGAGCUAAGUACGACUGCGCAAAGAAGCAGAGUUCCCACUUUGCCUGUAACAACAGAGCAAAGCACUUUGAUGUCAACGCUGGCAGAGACCACCACCACAGUGGCUGGUACAACAACAGAAAGUGCUAGCACAUCGUCUUCCGCUACGUCUACAACAGAAGGUGCCACAAGCACAACCUAUGCCACGACGGAAGGUCAUUCCACUAUAGUUGAAACUACCGGGCAAUCUUCGACUGGCACUACGGAUGGAGUCAAGUCGACCACAAGCAGUCCAAGUACACCAGUAAUAUCGAGUACAGCUUCAGAGUCUACAACGACAGGUCAAGGUAGCACCUUGCAAAGAACCACAUUUCGUACAGUGCCCGCAACAACAGAUCGAAGCACUGUAACAUCAACUCUUGAGGAGACCACACGUGAUUAAUACAACAGCAGAACAGACAAGCACACCGGAAUCGUCCUCCCUCUUGACUUCGACAAGUGUUGGGGUCAGCUCGACAAGUGCUACAAGCCCAAUUGUCAGCUCAUCUGAAGGACAUUCAACUAGUGGGCUGUCUACAGCUCAUUCUACAUCUUUCACAACUGUUGGGAUAAGCUCGACAAGCAGCAGCCCAAGAAGUACAGUCCAAUCGACAACACUUUCGGCAACGUCAACACAUCCGGAAUCUACACCAGUAGAGCUAAGUACGACUGCGCAAAGAAGCAGAGUUCCCACUUUGCCUGUAACAACAGAGCAAAGCACUUUGACGUCAACGCUGGCAGAGACCACCACCACAGUGGCUGGUACAACAACAGAAAGUGCUAGCACAUCGUCUUCCGCAACGUCUACAUCACAAGGUGCCACAAGC